UUUUUGAAUCAAGUAUAUUUUGCAGGGUCGAUUUUUUUCCAAAUUAUUUAGUUCAGUUGGCUUAAACAAUUCGAAUUUUAUAUAUAAAUUUAAAAUUUAUGACGUUUAGAUUUACCAUAAAUAAAUCAACUAAAAAGCCUAAUUAGCUAUAAAAAUAUGUUUUGAAUAACUAUUGUUUUUAGUUGCUCUCAAUUUAUUUUAAUGAAAAUGAGUUUGGUAGGAAAGAAAUGCGAAUCAUUAUCUCUUGUUGAAGCAAGUAGAGAUGAAAUCCUUAGUAAAGUUACUCCAGAUGAUGUUUUGAAGUUAGACAAAAUUACAGAUACCUACCUAUGUAGCCCUGAAGCAAACGUAUACGACAUAGAUUUUACAAGAUUUAAAAUUCGUGAUUUGGAAACGGGUACGGUUCUGUUCGAGAUUGCUAAACCCCCAACAGACUUCGGUGUUGAUAAUGAGGGCGGUGAAGAUGGAUCUGAUGAUCCGUUGGAUCCUAAUGCCGGACGGUUCGUACGAUACCAAUUUACACCGCAGUUUUUAAAGUUGCGAACCGUUGGUGCCACAGUUGAAUUUACUGUUGGGGCAAGACCAGUUAAUCACUUCAGAAUGAUUGAAAAGCAUUUCUUUCGGGAUACACUAUUGAAAACAUUUGAUUUUGAAUUUGGAUUCUGCAUUCCAUUUUCAAGAAAUACCUGUGAACAUAUUUAUGAGUUUCCUACUCUUCCACCAGAUCUUGUUGAAGAAAUGAUUGCUGCCCCAUUUGAAACAUGCUCAGACAGUUUCUACUUUGUUGACAAUCAUCUUGUGAUGCAUAACAAAGCUGAUUAUGCCUACAAUGGAGGAAUAAACAAUUGAGUUAUAGAUUUAAUUUGUAUUUGGCACUAAAUUAUUAAUAAGUACUUGCAUUCCUUCAAGUACAAAACUUAAAAAUGUGUGAUAUUAUUUCAUGUAAAAUUCUCAACAAUUUAAGCACAUUUCUAAUUCCUACCUAUUUCUGGACGACAAUUGUGAUAUAAAAUCUAAGUAAGUUUGAUGACAUCUUUAGAAAAAAAUUAAGAUAUUAUCUCAAAAUAUACUUCAAGAAACAAAGUAUGAGAAAACUUUUAUGUAGUUUUGUCUGCUUCAAAGUAACUAAUAACAAUUGUUGGGAAUGAGGUGAAGAAAAUUGUAAUUUUACACUUUGUGGAUUUUACCGUUUGGUACACUUGCACUCUACAUGUGAAACACUGUUUUUAAAACUUAAAAGUGUGUGAGUGACCUAGUCAUUUAAUAGUAAUGACUUCUGGGAAGUAUAAGUGUGUGAUUACAUACAGGGAGUGAUAAUAGAUCUCUUAUUAUAUAUAGAAAUUUAUUUUCAGCUAUAUCAUAUAUAUUACAUUGGUCAUUUUAAACUUUUUUUCAAUUUUUUCUCGCGAAUAUACUUUGUAUCAGCUUUAAAUUUGAAUAGGUAAUCUUUAAUAAAAUAAACAUCUAAAGAUGACUUACAAUGAGCAGUAACCAAAAAUAAAAAAAUGUGAUCUGAUUACUAUGCCCCUUAAACUAUGUUAGCUGGUAGGUUGCUAGUAUAAGUUUACUAAAAUCAUAUUCAUACAUAUAAGGCAUGUAUAACCAUAUUGUUAUUGAUCAUGUAUUGGCACUGCAUGUUAAGGCCAUGUGUUGAUAUAGUUCAAAAUAACACUAAGAAACAAAGAAAUUUAUGUAUUAAAAAUUCUAAUCAGGCUUAACCAUAAUAGAAAACAAGGUUUUUUUUUAUUUAGGUUAAGUAUUUUUUGAUUAUAAAGAAAAGGAAGGCACGGCAAAUGUAAAUUUGAUCUCAUAGGCCGGUAAGGUAUUAUGCCGUCCACUUGUGUCCAACAAGGCUUUAAGGUGUAAUUAAAAUUUACCAAAUAUGUGUUCAGUGUUAGUAUUAUUUUAUUUAUCAUUAUGUGUGAAUGAAUAAUUGCAAUAAACACCACCAAUGUGGUUAUGUAAAGCUUGAUUGAUUUUAAUUGAUUGUAAUAAAUGAUUGAUGGUUUUA